AUGGGUAGGGGCAAGAACAAGGGCAAGGGUAGAGGUAAAAAAAGAAGUCACGGUUUGAAGGAGAACAACAUCGCAACGAAAGUCGAGAGACAGCCCGAAGUCAAGGUCAACGACAAGCACCACUGUCUCAAGAAACGACCUACGCAUGUUCCGACCCAGCGGUGUAUCCGUUUAGGUCAUGUGGUCCAAUGUCCGAUUCAUACUGACAGCUACCCCCGACGGUUGCGCGAGUGUGUGCAGUGUAUUAGUGCUGAGAGGCGACUAGUGCAACAAGAGCGCAAGGAGAAAAUGAAAUAG